AUGUCUGAGCAGACAGUCGAGUCUGUCGCUGAAACGCCAGAGCUGCUACCGCCUUUUUCCUUCUCCAAAAAACCCAUCAAGUCCGUCUACAACUCCUCGGGCAUAUCCUCCAUCCUCCAUCAACAGUGCCCAGACCAGAAUGGGCCCACCAACAAACCUUCACUCAACAACAUCAACUAUGACGAGCAAAUAAGAGCCCCUCGUAUGACCCUGGCGACCCACUACACUCAUCUGCCAGGGAAAGCUUCACCGCAACCGGAAGUUCCUUCAGAUCUAUUGACUUCCUCUGACUCACCCCCAUCUAAGCCAUACGAGCCAGCCACUUUCGAUCUUAAUGCACCUACGCGACGUAACCUGGUGCCCUUGAGACAUAACUCAUCGCUGCUGCUUCUUGAUGCAUACUUCCCAGGCCAGUCGCUGCCGCAAAGCGGAACUUCGCAGAAGUCAGAAUCCAGUGAGUCCCAUGCCUCCCACCAUAGCCAGACCUCUGAGCUGACUGUACGCCUGGAUCUGCUGAAGAUCCAAAGGGCUCUACUCAAUCUUUCUGAGAACACAACAUCUGCAGAGCGUGUGGCCCAUUGCGAGUAUGCUGCUCGUUCAUCUAGACAUAGAACUAAUGGUCAUUUGGUCGAUGCCAGAGGUCCUUCUCUUCAGCACGUCUACAGCUUGAAGAAACCACUCUGUACACCAGCAGUGCUCCGGCCAGCACCAGAACCUCAACCUGAAGAGCAGCUGGAGCUCGAUGCCUCUUCGCCAGAGUCAGAGAUUAAAGAGUACCCCUUCCAAAUGCCAGCUCACGAGGAUGCUUGCUUAGAGACUUUGAUAGAACCUACACACGAUCAUUGGAAACCCAACAGCUCUUCUGAUCACUGCACCAAGUGUUUUGACGCUUUCGGAAAUUUCUUCAGCCCCCAGCGCAAAAGAAGGCACCAUUGUCGCUUUUGUGGUUUUCUUUACUGCGUUAACUGUCUAUUCAAGAACAAGGAGAUGUACUCCACUUCAAGCACCGCCAAUAGCCCUUCCAAGCGCUCUGGUAGCAGUUCGUCGAACUCCAGUGGCUAUUCGGUUUUCUCGUCCAUCACAGCUUCGCUGAAUUCCUCUGAACAUGCAAGUGGCGUAAUGAUGGACGCCAAGGCUCGGUUGGUGGUGCCAAUCUUCGCUAAUCUCAACCAGGACCAAAACAACUUCGCCAACAUGCGUGAACGGUUCAAGAGUUGCAAAAUCUGCAAAUCAUGUGGCCUCAAUUACCUCAGGCUUGUGCAAGCGCUCAAUCUGCGGAUCGAAAAGGCUGCAGACGAGGUCACCGUGCCGUAUGCUUUCAUCGAAAACCCUUACUUCAAUUCAAACGGGACUGAUGGUGCCGUUCCUGGAGGUGCAUUAGAUAGCAGCUUCAGCAGCUUGGGCAGUGAGGAGGCCGCCCAUUUUACUACCAAUGUGCACAAUAAUACGGAUAGGCGGCGCAGCUCAAUGGGCAACAACUCUGAGGCGGCAGCGGCUUCGUCGUCGUCUUCUUCUCGAAGCCGAGGCGUUUCAAGUCAACUGUCGAACUCUGCUUUCGAGCAGUGGGUUGAGAAGAACAAGGCAUUGAUAGAAGAAUCCGACGAAGAGCGUGACCAAGUAUACGAGAGGCCAUCUUUCCCAACCUCCUCGAGAACAGGCAGCGACAGCGACUCUAAACCUCCUCGCCCGGCUAAAGAAUCGAAGCCAGUUCCUGCUCCUCCUCCAUAUGAAGAAGCUGCUGGCCGUUCCGCUGCCUCCCGUGAGUAUCCUAGGGAGAAGAGUUCGUCCUCUACCGAAAGAACUAGUGAGAGACCCCACAGACAUAAUAGACCUCAAAGGUCUCAUAGUGACUCAGAAAGGCACAGAAAGGACCAUGACAGGAGACACCGUUCUCAUAAGUCAUCCAGAAACAAGUCGCCUAAGAAGAAGAACGUCGAACCUCACAAUUCUAAGGGAUUGGACACCAUUGAUAAGUUGGACGUCAGCGCCUUCUUUGGUGGCAGGUUCCAUCAUGAUGGACCUUUCGAUGCAUGCACCCCUCACAGAAACAAGAAUUCUAAGGCUGCCCCUGUUAUGGCUUUCCCAGCAGAUGGGCCCAAUACUUCCAUGAAAGCUUUGCCAGAAGGCGCUAAUAAGAAUUCGCAUCUCUAUAUGGCGUUCGGUGACAGCCAUGAUCAAAAUGAAAUUGUUGGCUCCGUUGGCGGACAGAAUGGCGGCCCACUGUCGCUUCCCAAGACGAACAGGGCUCCAACCGACCCUCAAUCAUCCAUGUAUACCCCCAGACAAAACCCAUCUGUCAUGGCAUUUGAUGUGCAUGCCAAAGCUGAGCCUAUUCACGGCCCAUCUACGGCUGGUUUAGGUUCCACUACUUUCCUUGACGGCGCCCCUGCGCCAAAGACUGAUGACUUCUUGAAUGUACCAUCUAGCGGUAUAGGCAGAAAAAAGUCGUUGGUCCAUAGGUUACGCAAGAAUAGCGGUAGUGAACUGGCCUCUGCCAGAACUUCCCACGACAACUCCGGUGAGUUUCCUAGAAGUACCUUUGCAGAUGAAGACGCUCAAGGCUCUUCGUUCUUAAGAAGAGUGAAGAGUUUGAAGGUCAGCAGAAAAUAA